CUCUCAGCCAAAAUCACAAUGCAGUCGUCAUCGCGUCCCGCCUCCUCUGCAACGCGUCCGGGCACUUCACCCAACCCACAGCGUCCACCACACGUCGUCAACACACAGACAAGGAUCCUCGACGCCGCCCACGGCCGUAUCCUUUGCAUCGCAGACAUCCGCGGUCGUCUCUCUGCCCUCAACGACCUCGCAAGAGAGGCAAAUGCACAGGCCAUUAUCCACACGGGCGACUUUGGUUUCUUCGAGGGUAACAGCCUCGACAGGAUCAAUGACCGAACCCUCCGCCACCUUGCCAUGUACUCGCCCCUUAUCCCGACUGCACAGCGUACACAUCUCCUCGCUGAUCAGAGCACCGCAGCCACCAUCCGCUCUACAGUCGACGUCUCCCUCCUCUCCGAAUUCCCUCUUCUCCUUUCUGGUCAGAUAAAACUCCAGGUUCCCGUCUACACCGUCUGGGGCGCGUGCGAGGACGUCUUCAUCUUAGAAAAAUUCCGCUCGGGUUCCUACAACAUCGAAAAUCUCCAUGUACUCGACGAAGCCACCACCCGCUGCCUCGACGUGGGUGGCGUCAAACUUCGCCUCCUCGGUCUCGGAGGCGCCCUCGUGCCACACAAGAUAUUCGACAACGGCGAUGGAAACGCCACUAUCGCCGGUGGUCAGGGAACCAUGUGGACGACCGCCCUCCAGAUCGGCGAGCUCGUCGACACCGCCCAGCGCGUGUUCGACCCGACCGAGACGCGUCUCCUCGUCACCCACUCGAGCCCCGGUCGCGAGGGCAUCAUGGCCCAACUUGCCCUCGUCCUCAAGGCUGACCUCACCAUCUCGGCUGGCCUCCACUUCCGCUACGCGAGCUCAUACAACGAGUUCAGUGUCCAAAGUGACUUUGAUGGUUUCCGUCACAAGCUCCUCUCCGGCAAGGAUGGCUUCGACAAGGUCUGGGAAAGCGUCAAGGCUCAGGUCGACACCGUCAUCGAUGAGCACCAGCGCGUUCUCCUCGAUAAAGCGCUGUCGGUCAUCGAGCGUGUGCCGCCCACCCCAGCGGCUGGCGGUGCCACUGCUGCCCCUCCCGAGGAGCCCGCGUGGAAGAACUGCUGGAAUUGGAAUCUGUGCGAUGCCGCAUAUGGAAACCUCGUGUUGGACGUCAAGGAGGGGCGCGUCAGUGCAGAGUUGAAGAGCCAAGGCUUCAACUACGCGUACCGCCGCACCGCUACCCCUGCUGCACCCACUACGCCGAACUCGGGCAACCAGCCUCUGCCACCCAACGCCACCACGUCGAACCAGCCUACGAAAGCGUCGACGCCCGCACCCGGCGAGAGACCUGGGGCUCCCGGCCGUAGAGACCCGCGCUCGGUUGGACAGACACCUCCACCCCUAAUGGGCGGCGGAGAGACCCCCGCGGUUCCCGCCAACAACGUUCCGCCAAAGACGAACGGCACACCCACUCCGUCCGACAAGGCUGACAAGGCGAAGAAAAAUAAAAAGGACAGAAAAGACAAGGAGACCCAGGACGGCUGGGGUACUAAUGAUGGCUGGGAGGAGGCGGUGGCCAAGGGGGCGACGCCCGAGCCGCCCAAGUCGGGCAAGACGACGCCGGCGCCGGCGGGGACACCAGCACCUGAUGGUGCGGCGGACCACAAGGGACCGACGACAGACCUGCUUGACACGGGGCUCAAGUCGCCCGCGACGGAGAGUGGAGGAGCGAGGACGCCGACGAGCAAGCGACCGCAUCGGAACCCGUGGACGCUGUUUAUCCGCUUACAGCAGGGCGCGAACGAUGCUGAGCUCAGGGAGUUCUUUGGCGAGGGGGCUGCGGGGAUUACACGGAUCAACUAUCCGCAGUCACACUUGGGGCGUCAGCAGAGGAUCGUGUAUGUUGAGUUUGGAGACGAGGAGGCGAUGAAGCAGGGUCUUGAGAAGCAUGCGGAGAGAUACAAGGAGACGAUUCCAGAGGUGAAGCAGGCGACGGACCGCGAAGACCGCAUGGCGGAGCGUGGUGGACGAGGGGGCGGACGCGGUCGGGGACGCGGAGGGUUUGUUGCGAGGGGUUUCGCGGCUGCUGGGCUGACCAAGGGCCGGCCCAACGGGGGGACGCCGCCUCCUGGGGGAGAGAACGGGGCUGCUUGAGGUCUUUGGACUUGCUGUUUUCUGUUUCUCUCACUUUGAAUCAUGAUGAUUUCAUGAUUCGUGCAAUGAUCCAUGUUCAUGCUUUACGACUUGGC